AUGACUCCAACACCCAACACUUCAAGUCCAAACGCUAAUCUUCCACUUCUCAGCAAGGACUCUCCGGAUAUUGAGAGUCUACUCAUCUUGAAUCCAAAAGUUCAGUUGAAAGCUAAUGCUAUCCCAAGUGCUGUCACCAAGAAAAACAAGCAUAACUGGAAGAGAAACGACGAGAAGGGGUGUGGAGCGACAUGUGGAGAAUCCAAACUAAAGAAUGACUUCCGUGACAUCAAGCAUACAACACUCAGUGAACGUGGAGCACUGAAAGAAGCUAUGAGAUGUCUGAAAUGUGCGGAUGCCCCAUGCCAAAAAAGUUGCCCAACUCAACUGGAUAUCAAAGCUUUCAUCACGAGUAUUUCAAACAAGAACUACUACGGAGCCGCCCGUCAAAUUUUGUCUGACAACCCAUUGGGUCUCACCUGUGGUAUGAUUUGCCCAACUUCGGAUCUCUGCGUUGGAUCAUGUAACCUUCAAGCCAGUGAAGAGGGAGCUAUCAAUAUCGGAGGACUCCAGCAAUACGCUUGUGAUGUUUUCAAACAAAUGAAUGUCCGUCAAAUCGUUUCCAAGGAAAUUCGUGAAAACCGUAAUGCCUCUCAUAAAGAGCAAAUCGCUCUCAUCGGAUGUGGACCAGCAAGUAUCUCGUGUGCUUCUUUCUUGGCUCGUCUCGGAUAUACUGACAUCACCAUUUAUGAAAAGCGUGCUUACAUUGGAGGGCUUUCUUCCGCUGAAAUUCCACAAUUCCGUCUCCCAUAUGAUGUUGUCGACUUCGAGAUCCAACUUGCCAGAGAUAUUGGAGUAAAGAUCGAAACCAACAGAUCUCUCUGCAAGGAGGACAUCACUCUUGACAAGUUGAAAGAGCAAGGAGCAGUUGCAGUUUUUAUUGGAAUCGGAAACCCAGAACCAAAGAUUGAUCCACUGUUCGAGGGACUCACAAUUGAAAAUGGAUUCUACACCAGUAAGAACUAUCUUCCAGCCGUUGCAGCUGCUAGUAAACCAGGUAUGUGUGGAUGCAAGCGUACUCCACUCCCAACCAUGAGAGGACGUGUUGUGGUCCUUGGAGCCGGAGACACAGCUAUGGACUGUGCUACGUCUGCUCUCCGUUGUGGAGCUUCCCGUGUUACUAUUGCAUUCCGUAAAGGAUUUACUGGAAUUCGUGCCGUACCAGAAGAGAUGGAAGCUGCUAAAGAAGAGAAAUGCGAAUUCCUUCCAUUCUCGGCACCACGCAAAAUCAACGUGAAAGACGGGCGCAUUGUCUCCAUCGAAUUCAACAAAACUGAACAAGACGACAACGGCAAAUGGUACGAGGAUGAGGAACAGAUUGUUAUCUUGAAAUGCGACUACGUGAUUUCCGCGUUUGGAUCCACGUUGAAAGAAGACGCAGUAUUAUCGGCCCUUCAACCAUGCCAAUUGAACAAGUGGGGUGGAAUUGAAGUUGAUCCAGUUACUCAACAAACAUCUGAGAAAUGGGUGUUCGCUGGAGGAGAUGUCGCAGGAAUCGCUGAAACUACCGUCGAAUCUGUCAAUGAUGGAAAGAUCGCCGCAUGGAACAUGCAUCGUCACAUUCAAGCUCUUCACGGAAAUGUUGUGUCAGAGUUCCCAGAGCUGCCAAAGUUCUUCACUCCGAUCGAUGAAGUCGACAUUUCUGUUGAUAUGUGUGGAGUGAAAUUCGAGAAUCCGUUCGGACUCGCCUCUGCACCACCAACCACCUCCGGUCCAAUGUGUCGUCGUGCUUUCGAGCAAGGAUGGGGAUUCAUUCUCACCAAGACAUACGGAUUGGAUAAGGACUUGGUCACGAAUGUGUCUCCACGUAUUGUCCGUGGAUCUACCAGUGGACCAGUCUAUGGACCAAACCAAGGAUCAUUCAUGAACAUUGAGUUGAUCUCUGAGAAAUCUACUGAAUACUGGCUUCAAUGCAUUAGAGAGUUGAAACGUGAUCAUCCAACAAAGAUUGUGGUCGCUUCCAUUAUGUGUACUUACAACAAGGCUGACUGGGUUGAACUUGCUACACAGAGUGAGGAAGCUGGAGCUGAUAUUCUCGAGCUCAAUCUUUCCUGCCCUCAUGGUAUGGGGGAAAAGGGAAUGGGUUUGGCUUGUGGACAAAGUCCGGAAAUUGUCAAGGAGAUCUGCAGAUGGGUUCGCGCUUGUGUGAAGAUUCCAUUCUUCCCGAAAAUGACACCAAACAUAACCGAUGUCCGUGAGAUUGCUAGAGCUGCCAGAGAUGGAGGAGCCAGUGGAGUGACUGCAACAAACACCGUUUCUUCCUUGAUGCACAUGAAGGCUGAUGGAAAUGCUUGGCCAGCAAUCGGAGGAGCUAAGAGAACCACCUACGGAGGAAUGUCUGGAUCUGCCAUCCGCCCGAUCGCUAUGAAGGCGGUAUCUUCCAUUGCCAACGAACUUGACGGAUUCCCAAUUAUGGCCACCGGAGGAAUUGAAAGUGCUGAGACAGGACUUGGAUUCUUGAUGGCUGGAGCUUCAGUACUUCAAGUCUGCUCUGCUGUCCAAAACCAGGACUUCACCGUCGUUGAAGACUACUGCACUGGACUCAAGGCUCUUCUCUACUUGUCUGGAGCUGAAUCUCUUAAGGACUGGGAUGGUCAAUCUCCACCAAUUCCAAAACACCAAAAAGGAAAACCAAUCUUGGUUCAAGGACAGAAGAACCUUCCAUUCUUCGGAAAGUUCAGAGAUGAGCGUGAGAAGCUUGAAUCCAUCAAGCUGUCUGAAACCAACCUUCUUGAUACUGAGAACUAUCAUUUCGCUUCAAGACCUGACACUCAAGUCUCUAAUAUUCCAACCGUUGAAGACGUGAUUGGUAAAGCUCUCCCAAGAAUCGGUCCAUAUGUUACUUUGGAUAACCAACAACAGAAGGUGGCUAUCAUUGAUGACGAUAUGUGCAUCAAUUGUGGAAAGUGUUACAUGACAUGCAAUGACUCUGGAUACCAAGCGAUUACUUUCGAUGCUGUCACUCAUCAACCACAUGUCACCGAAGAUGACUGUACUGGAUGUACUCUUUGUUACAGUGUAUGCCCGAUUCCGGAAUGCAUUGAAAUGGUGCCAAGAAAGGGACCAUGGAAGGCACCAAAACGUGGAGUCAAGCCAACCGUCGAGCCAGGCACUCCAAAGGUUGUUAAAGUUGAUCAACGCGGGAGAGUCAUUCUUGAAUCCACUGGUGGCAUGCAGUAA